GGGAAGUGCGGCUCCGCGGUGCGGAGGGAUCUGCGGUAGCUGCGCUGUGUGUGAAGUACCGGCGGCUGGAGAGGCGGCUGGUGCGGCCCUGCCAUGUUCAAGAACACGUUCCAGAGCGGGUUCCUCUCGGUGCUGUACAGCAUCGGCAGCAAGCCGCUCCAGAUCUGGGACAAGAAGGUGCGCAAUGGCCACAUCAAACGAAUCACUGACAAUGACAUUCAGUCCUUGGUGCUGGAGAUUGAAGGAACUAAUGUCAGUACAACCUACAUCACAUGCCCUGCGGACCCGAAGAAGACCCUAGGCAUCAAACUACCUUUCCUAGUGAUGAUCAUCAAGAACCUGAAGAAAUACUUCACAUUUGAAGUGCAGGUGCUGGAUGAUAAGAACGUUCGCCGGCGUUUCCGAGCAAGUAACUACCAGAGCACAACCCGGGUGAAGCCCUUCAUCUGCACCAUGCCCAUGCGGCUAGACGAUGGCUGGAACCAA